UAGCCGGCGCAUAAACCCCAAAAUUUAAUAAACCUUAAACCUUAAGACAGCCCAGCGAGCCCUCCUCUUUCUGUGUCGCAAAGCGGCAAAAGCUUCUUUGUGAUGGCGAUCGUUAGAUCUCUACGACGCUUUCAAUCGCGUUUUUUUUCCUCCUCCUCCCAAGCUGCUACUGAAAUUUCAAAAUUGAUUUCCGGCUCAAAUAUUGAGCAGCCUGGAAGCUCUUCUGCUGCGUCAUUUACUUCUGAGAGACCAGUCCGGAGAAAAGUAUCUACUGCUGAUCGGAAGUCGAUGCUCGAAUCCUUUGUCAACAAGUACAGAGAAAUGAACACCGGAAAAUUUCCUUCCGCUACAUAUGCACGAAAAGAAGUUGGUGGUAGUUACUAUGUCAUCAAGAAGAUGCUUCAGGAGAUUGAAAAUGAUUCUAGAACAGCUUCUGUGGAGAAAGGACUCAUCAAGGAUCAUAAAAAACAGUCUGAAGGUGAGAAUACCAUAAGCAUGGAAAUAUCGACUGUAUCAUCUGGAAGUCAAGAGGUAUCAAAAAGUCAAGUAAAUAGUCUCCUACGGCUUUGUAAAGAUCCUCGGACUCUUGACGAUGUGGAUUGGAAGGAAGUGCUCUAUCCGCCACCAAGCGACGUCGACCCUCUCGAUUUUAGAAGAGAUACUACCCCUGAUGAAGUGAAGGAAGUGCUUCUAGAGAUUGAAUGUGAUAGAAAGGAGUCAAAGGACUGGAAAAAAAUGAUUGAAGGUGAGAAUGCCAGAGACUUGGAAUUAUCGAUCGAAUCAUCUGAAAGUCAAGAGGUGUCAAACACUAGCGUCCAACAGCAUUGUAAAGAUCCUUGGGCGGUCAGCAGUUUUGACAAUAUUGAAUUGAAGGAUGUGCUUCAACCAUCAACAAUCAACGCCGACACAGGAAGAACCAUUGUUAGAAGAGAUGAUACUUAUGACAUAGAGAGUGAUAUGAAAGGAUGUCAUGGGAAGGUUGAGCAGAAGCCAGAAGGCAAAUUGAUAGAUGAAUCUCUUUUGGAAGAAAAAUUUGUCUUUGAGGAUUUACAGUCUAAAGUUGAAAGCCAACAUAAUGGAAUAAGAAAAGUUGCAACUGAGAAUCAUCACACAGUAGCUCAAUGUUACGAGAAACUGGAGCAGAAGCCAAAAGGGGAAUCUCCCUUGGAAGAUAAAUCCGUCCAUGAGGAUUCACAGUCAAAGGUUGAAGGGAAGCAACCUGAUGGGAUCAUAAACAUUGCUACGGAGGAUUGUGAUACAGAAGGUCAGUGUCAUGGGAAGGUUGAGCAGAAGCCAGAAGACAGACUGAUAGAUGAAUCUCUUUUGGAAGAAAAAAUUGUUUUUGAGGAUAUACAGUCAAAAGGUGAACUGUACCAUGAUGGGAUAAGAAACAUCAAUAGGGACAGGCCUGAGCAACAAAAGGAUGAUCAGUUGAGAGAGAAACCAUCUUUAUGGGGGAACUUGAAGUCAUUGGCAACUGAUUUUAUCAACAUGUGGAAGAAAUGAUGAAGUCGUAAAUUUUUUUUGUCAAGUUCAGCUAUACUGCAGGAUACAAGUGAAGACCUUAAACCUGAUAUGCGGGUGCUUGGUUAUAGAUCACGUUCGUUAUUAACUUAGAUAUGUACAUUCCAUUUAACGAUGAAAUUUUUGGGGCAAUAUGCAAUUUUGUAGCGUUAUCUAAUCAUUUCAGGCUAAGGUUGUACAAAGUUAUCAAAACUUGAAUAUGAUUCUAGUAUGGUCGUUUGUGGAAAAUCUGCUCUUGAGGUGAUCAAUAUGAAUCGUUUGUUUCA